CCUGACCUUAUCUCCGGCAGCCCACUUGCCUAAUGCAGGAAAGUGAGAAAGGGCGACAAGGCAAGAGUCAAGCUUACGAAUCAGAUCGAUGGAAAGAAUAAGACCCUGGACACCUUGGAAGUCAAAGCCCAAGAGACUUAAUACAACCCCGACAGUUUCACCGCAUGCUUCACUUUCGUUCGAUUCUUUGACCAUAAAAUAUCUGGCUAAGGUAUAACCUAAUAAGAACAGUACCGAGAACAUAGAUACAAUUGCGAGUGAAGGUGUAGAGAAGGUGUAGUGAAGAUAUAUGUGGAAGUUUACGAUUCACGAUGUCAACGACGACCACAACUAGCGUCGCCAACUGCGGUCCCAAACAUAGGGCCUGCGAUGAAUGUCGCACACGUAAGCUAGCUUGCACCAAAGAGGCCGACGGCUGCUCGCGAUGCAAGCGCGAAGGCAUCGCCUGCCACUACUCCCCGCAGAAACCCAUGGGCCGGCCGCGGAAACGGCCCCGAGACGAGACGAUCACCGAGAAUUCGGUCGCGGCCCCGGCCUCGAAGAACACGAUGACGGAACUUCCGGCGGAUACGCCGGAUCCCGGGCUGGCUUUUAUCAAUCUGCUAGCCGGAGACUUGAGUUACCUUAAUUACGAUAGCAUGGGGAAUAGUAACGUAGAAAGUAAUAAUGUGAUAAGCCGACCGCAGGACAAGGGCUACCAGUUCUCGUUCGGGUACACGGGGGAUAGUUUGGGGGACAUCGGCUACGACCUGGCACCGCAGCACACGCCGCCAUACUUCAACUCGAACAUCGACCCCUCCCUCUUCGCCAUCGACCCCCCUCCCGCAGACCAAGUCCCCACCUUAUCCCCUAACACAGCAGGCACGCCCGAGAGCACAGGCAGCAGAAGCAGCAGCUCGUGCAGCAACAACGACAGCGCCGCGGCAGCUGCCGUCGCCACACCGCCGACGACGACGCAAGGCUGCGCGCACACGGCGGCGCUGUACCUCGCGCUAGACGCGAUGCAGAAGGUGCCGUCGGGAGUCGAAGCAGCGCUCCAGCACGCGCGGCGCGCGACGCGGACGGCGUACGACGUGGUGUACUGCCCGGCGUGCUCGUUCAAGCUCGACCCGCCGGCGGACGCGGACGCGGCGGACGUGACGCGCAACUUCCAGAACCUGAUGCUGCUCGCGGCGCUGAUCCCGUCGAUCGUGCACGCGUACGAGCGCGUGCUGGCCGCCGUGGACGAGGAGACGGCGCGGGCGGCGGCGGAGCGGCGGAGGUUGGUUUUCAAGUUGACGGGGUUCGGGGGCGUGCUUUGGGCGGACGGCGGAGCGGACGAGUGUGUUGGCGCGGCGGGGCUGGAUUACCGCGAGAUGGAGCCGGCGAUGUGGAGGUUGACGGUGCGGGCGCUGUUGAAGGUCGACGUGUACGGGCUCAGCGAGUCGCGGGUGGAUGCGCAGGCCGAGGCGCUGCCGCUGCAUAUCGGGUUGAAGGAUAUCGUGCUCCAGAUGGAGCAGAAGAGCCGCGCUAGGCACGCGGUCAUGGACGCGCUGGUGGCGAGCGGGGCGUGGAAGCCGCCCGCUUGCGGGAUGAAGAUGCAUGAGCCUGGGGAGACGCCGACGUGUCUUAGGGUUAUUGCGAUUGCGAAGGCUAGUAUUGAUUCUUUGAUCAUUGCGUGAGGGGCUGGGGUUUGGGUUUGUCGUAUGCGCGGUUGUGGAUCGUUACCUGUUACGAGGAGUGAUGAGACGGGCGUCUUGCGACGGCUUCGUUUAUGAUGGAGCCAUCAUCUCCUAUGGAGAUUUUGAUUUCCUCAGGUCGCCGAUUCUCUCACGACUAGUCUGCCGGAUGAUUCGGAGAGAUGUUAUGAAGUCAUUGAGCAAGAGAGGCAGUUCUACAUACGGCCAAAUGCUCGCCGCCUACCUAGAUUCUAGCAACGUGCUGAGCCAGGGCCGACUCAGGUGAC